UAUGUGUUGGCUGGGUCUCCUGGUGGUGGUGGUGACCUUGACCCCCCGGACCCUGGCACAGUUUCCCAGAGAAUGUGUCACCCCAGAGGGGCUACGGAGUGGCCAGUGCUGCCCCUCUCCCACUGGAGCCCUGGAUGACCAGUGUGGUUCUGCCACAGGGAGGGGUCAGUGUGUGUCUAUAGCUGCCGACAGCCAUCGCCACGGCCCCCAGUACCCACAUGAUGGCCGGGACGACCGGGAGCGCUGGCCGUUAAGGUUCUUUAACCGGACGUGCCGGUGUAACGGGAACUUCGCGGGGUAUAACUGUGCCGGUGCCGACACGGACUCACCGGACCUAACUGUGAUCAGAGGAUAUCCGUGGGUAAGAGAAAGGCAGCUUUAUUUAUCCUGCACCUAUUGGAUUUACUCUCUUUCCUGCUUCCUUUCAAAUAUAUGCAUCCAUGUAUUUCUUUAUCAGGGACCAUCUACAGUUUCUAACAUAUAGUAUUUGAUGCAUCCCUCUCUUUCCCUCCUUUUCUCCCUUCCCCCUCUCACUCUCCCUCCCUCCCUCCCUCCCUCCCCCCUCCCUCCCUCCCUCCCUCCCUCCCUCCCUCUCUUCUCCCUCCCUCCCUCCUCCCUCCCUCCCUCCCUCCCUCCCUCCUCCUCUCCUUCCCUCCCUCCAUCCUUAAAAUUCCUCCCCCCCCUUGUGAACUCUCUGGACCAGGCCAAGAGGACCGUCCACCCUGACCUGGUCAUCUGCACACGACGGUAACCAGUCUGACAGUGCUGUGAUCCUGUCUCAAUGAUCGGAGAUUGAUUGCUUCAGCCCGAGUUAGUCUGCUUGGGUUGGAACCAAAUAACUGAUACUUCAUUACCACUCAUCUAUUUAAAUCUAAUCUUAUUCGUCACAUGCUUCGUAAACCAUCAGUUGUAGUUGAAGUGCUUCCCCAACAAUUCAGAGAGAAAGAAGAUCGAGAAAUAAUAGAAUAAGUAAUAAAACAAAUUUACACAAUUGUCUGGAGGCUAGAGGUUAAAUAAUUUGGAGUUUAGAGAUUAGAGAUUUGGAGCCUAGAGAUUAGAGAUUGGAGGAUAGAAUAGAUAAUUGGAAGACUAGAGGUUAGAGAUUUGGAGACUAGAGGUUAGAGCUUUGGAGGCUAGAGGUUAGAGAAUUGGAGUUUGGAGGAUUGGAGGAUUGGAGGCUAGAGUUUAGAGAAUUGGAGUUUGGAGGAUUGGAGGAUUGAGGCUAGAGUUUAGAGAAUUGGAGUUUGGAGGAUUGGAGGCUAGAGAUUAGAGAUUUGGAGGCUAGAGGUUAGAGAAUUGGAGGCUAGAGUUCAGAGAAUUGGAGUUUGGAGAAUUGGAGUUUGGAGAAUUGGAGGCUUGAGGUUAGAUAAUUGGAUUGGAGCUUGGUUGUGCAUUAAACUCCGCUGUGCCACAUUAUCAUUGAGAAAACCUUAUCUCUCUCCAGUUACCAGGAGGUGUAUGGUCCGGAUGGUAACACCCCUCAGUUUGAGAACAUCACCAUCUAUAACUACUUUGUCUCUCUCUCUCUCCAGUUACCAGGAGGUGUAUGGUCCGGAUGGUAACACCCCUCAGUUUGAGAACAUCACCAUCUAUAACUACUUUGUGUGGACACACUACUACUCUGUCAGCAAAACCUACAUGGGGGCGGGGCAGGCUGGCUUUGGGGGCGUGGACUUUUCUCAUGAGGGACCGGGAUUUGUCACCUGGCACAGGUUCCACCUGCUGCAGCUGGAGAGAGAUAUGCAGGUGAGUGAGAGAGGAGGUAUGGAGGGCAUGUGUGUGUGUUGGGGUGUGAUGGGAGAGAGAGAGAGAGAGAGAGAGGAAGAGAGAGAGAGAGGAUGAGAUGAGAGACGAGAUGAGAGAGAGAGAGAGAGAGAGAGGAGAGGAGAGAGCAGAGAGACAGAGAGACAGAGAGGACAGAGACAAGAGACAAGACAUAGAGAGGAGAGAGAGAGAGAGACGAGAUGGAGAUGUAGAGAGAGAGAGAGGAGAGAGAGAGUGUGUAUGUGUGUGUUUGUGUGUGUAUUCAAGUAUCCAGCCAAGCAGGGGUUAUAAACUGUAAAAUUGAUCCUUACCAUAGAUGUCUUCUCUAUCCAUCUCUCCAUCUCUCCAUCCCUCUCCAUCUCUCCAUCCUCUCCAUCCUCUCCAUCCCUCUCCAUCUCUCCAUCCCUCCAUCCCUCCAUCCUCUCCAUCUCUCCAUCCUCUCCAGGACAUGUUAGGUGACGCCACCUUUGCCCUCCCCUACUGGAACUUUGCCAUUGGCGGCAGUGAGUGUGACGUGUGUACUGACGACCUCCUGGGAGCCAGGUCUGCCUUCGAUAUGAACAGCCUCAGCCCCAACUCUGUCUUCUCCCAGUGGAGGGUGAUCUGUGAGAGUGUAGAGGACUACGACACUCUGGGAACCAUCUGUAACAGUGAGCAUGAUAUGUCCUAACACCUUGUAGACACUACGACACUCUGGGAACCAUCUGUAACCGUGAGCAUGAUAUGUCCUAACACCUUGUAAACACUACAACACUCUGGGAACCAUCUGUAACAGUGAGCAUGAUAUGUCCUAACACCUUGUAGACACUACGACACUCUGGGAACCAUCUGUAACAGUGAGCAUGAUAUGUCCUAACACCUUGUAGACACUACGACACUCUGGGAACCAUCUGUAACCGUGAGCAUGAUAUGUCUUAACACCUUGUAAACACUACGACACUCUGGGAACCAUCUGUAACAGUGAGCAUGAUAUGUCCUAACACCUUGUAGACACUACGACACUCUGGGAACCAUCUGUAACCGUGAGCAUGAUAUGUCUUAACACCUUGUAAACACUACGACACUCUGGGAACCAUCUGUAACCGUGAGCAUGAUAUGUCCUAACACCUUGUAAACACUACGACACUCUGGGAACCAUCUGUAACAGUGAGCAUGAUAUGUCUUAACACCUUGUAAAACACUACUACACUCUGGGAACCAUCUGUAACAGUGAGCAUGAUAUGUCCUAACACCUUGUAAACACUACGACACUCUGGGAACCAUCUGUAACAGUGAGCAUGAUAUGUCCUAACACCUUGUAAACACUACAACACUCUGGGAACCAUCUGUAACAGUGAGCAUGAUAUGUCCUAACACCUUGUAAACACUACGACACUCUGGGAACCAUCUGUAACAGUGAGCAUGAUAUGUCCUAACACCUUGUAAACCACUACGGACACUCUGGAACCCAUCUGUAACAGUGAGCAUGAUAUGUCCUAACACCUUGUAGACACUACGACAACUCUGGGAACCAUCUGUAACCGUGAGCAUGAUAUGUCCUAACACACUUGUAAACACUACGACACUUGGGAACCAUCUGUAACAGGGAGCAUGAUAUGUCCCUAAAACCUUGUAAAACACUACGACACUCUGGGAACCAUCUGUAACAGUGAGCAUGAUAUGUCCUAACACCUUGUAAACACUACAACACUCUGGGAACCAUCUGUGACAGUGAUGACAACCAGAGUAUUAUUACUAACCCUGUGCUAUGGAGACCGAGCAUGCUUUUUUAGUCCAGUACUAGGGUUGAUCUGGGGCAGAGAAACGGACAGAUACUAACCCAAGACUGAUCUGGGGCAGAGAAAGUGGACAGUAACUAACCCAAGACUGAUCUGGGGCAGGGAAACUGACAGUAACUAACCCAAGACUGAUCUGGGGCAGGGAAAGUGACAGUAACUAACCCAAGACUGAUCUGGGGCAGGGAAAGUGACAGUAACUAACCCAAGACUGAUCUGGGGCAGGGAAAGUGACAGUAACUAACCCAAGACUGAUCUGGGGCAGGGAAAGUGACAGUAACUAAACCCACGACGGAUUCUUGGGGCAGGGAAGUGACAGGUAACUAACCCAAGGACUGAUCUUGUCAGGGAAAUUGACGUAACCUGUAACCCAAGACUGUGCCACUCUGGAUAGUGGGAACCAUCUGUAACAGUGAAUAAGGAAUCAAAAUUUAAUUUUCUUUCACAGACUCCAAUUGGGAGAUUAGUCUGGUUGGUAGGGCAUAAUUUUGGGCCAGAUUAAAACCACUCAUUUCCCCUCCUCUUUUGCCCUCAGAAAAUGUCCCCCAAUUUCCUAGGGAUUAAAAAUUUGCAAAAUUGGGGAAAUUUGGGGAUCAAAAAUUGUGACCUGACAGAACAGGGAGAGGUUUGGGGGGGUGUUACCACAAAACAUGAAAGGAGGGGGGGUGUGUGACCUGAAAAAACCCUAUGAGAGGGGGGUGAAGGUUUGUAAACCUGACGACAUUUUAGGGGAUUGAGGGGGGGUUUUACCUGACAAAACCAUGGGGGGGGGUGAGGGUGUAUGACCUGACAGAGGACUUUUUGUUGUUUUUUUUUAAACCUUUAUUUAACCGGGAAAGCCAUUUGAAACCCCUUCUCAUUUAAAACCCUCGCCCCGGGCCCAAAGACAACAGGCCCCUUUUCCGAUUUAAAACAUUGAACCUAUCUGAAAAGUAGUUGGUGACCAGGCGGGGGCAUUCUUUUGAAAACCCAAGCAAAUUUUAGUCGGGCCAAUAAAACCGGGGGUUUUGCCCCAAGUCAAAACCCCUUUGGGCCAGGUGGGAUAAGACGGCUGAAAACCGUACUGCCCUUUAUCGAUCGGGUUUUAAAAUUCGUUGAGGAGUGAGGGGGGUGGCCUGACAGAACUGGAGGAUUUGGGGUUUUUGGUUACUGACAGAAAUGAGAGGAGUGGGGGUGUUUUAACCUGACAAAAACAUGAGAGAAUGAGGGUGUUUUCCUGACAGAACUAAAAGGAUUAAAGGGUUUGUGUCCCUUUACAGCCCCCUUAAAAGGGAGUGAGGGUGUGUGCCCUUUACAAAACAUUGAGGGAUAAAGGUGUGUUCUGAGGGCAAGGAGAGGUUUAAAAGGGUGGGUUACCUUACGAACAAAAGAGGAGUAGGGUGUGUGCCGGGAACAGAACUUUAGGGAGGGGAGGGUGGGGUGACCUGCCCAACAAAAGGGGAUGAGGGUGUGUACCUGACAAACAUAAAAGGAGGGGAGGGUGUUUGCCCCUGACAAAACUUAGAGGGGGAGGGUGUUUUGCCCUAAAACCAGAACAGAGAGGGGGAGGGUGUGUGCCCUGCCCGAACAAAAAAGGGGUGGGGGUGGGGUCCCCUAAAGAACAUGAGGGAGUGAGGGGGGUGUGAACCUAAACAGAACAUAGGGGGUUAAAGGUUUGUUGCCCUUUACAAACUUUAAGGAGUGAGGGUUUUGUCCCCCUGCAAACAUUUUAGAGGAUGAGGGGUUUUUGACCUACAACAUAUGAGAGGAGUGAAGGGGGUGUACCCUACAGAACAUAUGGAGGAGGGGAAGGUGUGUGAAUUUUUGACAAACAUAAGGAGUGAGGGUGUUGACCUGACAAACAAUAGGAUUGGGGGGUGGUGUAAAACCUGACGAACAAAAGAGGAGUGAGGGUUUUGGUGCCUGACAGAACAUGAAAGGAGUGGGGGUGUGUGCCCUUUCCCAAAACCUGAAGGAGGGGGGGGUUUGUUGACCUGCCAGAAAUGAAAAGGAUUUGAGUUGUGGCCCUGACAAAACCCCUUAGAGGAGGGGAAGGUUUUGUGGACCUAAAAAACCAUGAGGGGAGUGGGGUGUGUGCCUAACAAACUUAGAGGAGUGAGGGUGUCCCCUGACAAAACCCUGAGGGGGAGUGGGGUGGGGGCCUGACAAAACCCCAGAGAGGUUUGGAGGGUGUGUGCCCCUCAAAAACAUGAAGGAGUGGGGUGUUUUGACCUGCCCCAAAACCCUGAGAGGAGGGGAGGGUUUGGUGUGCCUGACAGAACAUAAAGAGGAGGGGGGGGUUUGGGGGGGACCUAAAGAACUUAGAGGAUUUAAGGGGGGUUUGACCGGGACAGAACAGGAAGGAGUGGGGGUGGGGGACCUAAACAAACAAAAGGAUGAGGGGGGGGGUGACCUGACAGAACAUGAGAGGAGUGAGGGUGUGUGACCUGACAGAACAUAUGAGAGGAGUGAAGGUGUGUGCCCCUGACAGAACUUUGAGAGGAUGGGGUGUGGAUUUAAAACAGAAAAAUAAGGGGAGUGAGGGUGUUGACCUGACAAAAAAUAGGGAGUGGGGUGUUUUCCCUGCCCAAAACAUGAGGGGAUUAGGGUGGGGUGCCCCCUGACAAACAUGAGGGAUUUGGGGGGGUGUGUGACCUGACAGAACAAAAGGAGUGGGGGUAGGGUGCCCUGACAAAACUUUAGGGGAUGAGGGUGUUUGACCUGACAGAACUGGGGGAUAGGGGUGUUUUCCCCUGACAAACAUAAAGAGGAUUUGGGGGGGUUGGGAAAACCUGACAGAACAUGAAAAGGGUUGGGUGUGUGACCUGACGAACUGAAGGAUGGGGGUUUUUAGGGAACCUGACAGAACAUAAGGGGGUGAGGGUGUGUCCUGACAGAACAUAAAAAUGAGGGGAGUUUGUUUUACCUGACAGAACAUAGGGGAGGGGGGUUGGGGGACCUGACAGAAAAAUUAGGAGUAAAUUUGGUGUGACCUGCCCAAACAUUAUAGGAGUAAAGGGGUGUUUUACCGGCAAAAAAUUAAGGGGGUUGAGGGUGUUAAACCUGACAGAACAUGAGGGGGUGGGGGGGUUUUGACCUAAACAAAACUUUAGAGGAGUGAGGGUGUUUUACCUGACAGAACAAGGAGUGGGGGUGUUGACCUGCCAAAACAUAUGAAGGAUGAAGGUGGGGUCCACAAACAGAUAGGAGUGGGGGUUUUUGACCUGCAAAAAAUUUGAGGAGUGAGGGUGUGUGCCUACAAACAUGAAGGAUUGAGGGUUUUGGAGGGGCCCCAAAAACAUGAGGGGAAAGUGAGGGUUUUUGGGACCUAAACAUGAAAUGGGGGAGUGGGGGUGUUUUAACCUGCCCGAACUGAGAGGAGUUAGGGGUGUGCCCCUAACGAACAUGAGAGGAGUGAGGGUGUGUGACCUACAAACGAGAGGAUUUAGGGGGGUUUUUGGACCUGACAGAACAUGGGGAUUAGGUGUGGGGACCUACAAAAACAUGAGAGGAGGGGAGGGUGUGUCCCCCCCUCAAAAACAUAAAGGGGAUGAGGGUGUGUGAAACCGACAGAACAUGAGGGGGGUUGAGGGGUGUGCCCUUAAACAAAACCCUGAAGGAGUGGGGUUUGACCUGACAAAAACAUGAAGGAGUGAGGUGUUUGCCCUUUACGAACUUAAGGGGAAAGUAAAGGGUGUGUGACCUGACAAAAACAUGAGAGGAUUGGGGUGGUGCCCUGCCCGAACAUAAAGAGGGGAGGGGGGUUGUGACCUGACAGAACAUGAGAGGAGUGAGGGUGUGUGACCUGACAGAACAUGAGAGGAGUGAGGGUGUGUGACCUGACAGAACAUGAGAGGAGUGAGGGUGUGUGACCUGACAGAACAUGAGAGGAGUGAGGGUGUGUGACCUGACAGAACAUGAGAGGAGUGAGGGUGUUGACCUGACAAACUGAGAGGAGUGAGGGUGUUGCCCCUGAAAAGAACAUGGAGAAGGAGGGUGGGGGUGACCUACGAAACAAAAGGGAUGGGGGUGUGUGACCUGACAAAAACAUGAGAGGAUUGAGGGGGGUGUGCCCUUUACAAAAACCAAUGAGGGGAGUAAGGGGGUGUGACCUUAAAAAAUGAGGGGGGGCGGGGGUGGUUGGACCUGCCCAAAAACAUGAGGGGAGGGGAGGGUUUUUUUCCCUGACAAACUUUAAGGAGUGGGGUGUGGGGAACCUUACGGGAAAAAUGAGAGGUUUGAGGUGUGUGACCUGACAGAAAUGAGAGGAUUAGGGUGUUUGACCGGGACAGAACUGAAGGAUGAGGGUGUGGCCCCUGAAAAGAACAUGAGGGAGUGAGGGUGUGUGCCCCUGAAAACCCAUAGGGGAGGAGGGUGUGUCCCUCCGGGACUAAAGAGGGGGUGAGGGGUGUGCCCUUAAACAGAAAUGAGAGGAGUGAGGGUGGGGUGCCGACAGAACUUUAGAGGGGAGGGGGUUUGGUGGGGACCUGAAAAAAACUUUAGAGGAUUGGGGGGUGUGUGACCUGACAGAACAUGAGGGGGAGUGGGGUUUGGUGUGACCUGACAGAACUUUGAGGAGUGAGGGUGUUGCCCUGACAGAACAUAGGGGAUUUGGGGUGUUGACCUGACAGAAAAAUGAGAAGGGGGGGGUUUUUUGACCUGCCCAAACAUGAGAGUUUUUGGGGGUUGUGUGACCUACGGAACAUAGAGGAUGGGGGUUUUGGGGCCCCUGACAGAACAUGAGAGGAUUGAGGGGGGGUUACCUGACAAAAAUAUAGAGGAGUAAAGGGUUUUGGGUGCCCUGACAGAACAUAAAGGGGUUUGAGGGGUGUGGGGGACCUGACAGAACAUGAGGGGAAGUGGGGUUGUGCCCCUGACAGAACAUGAGAGGAUUGAGGGGUGGGGGCCCUGACAGAAAAAAUUAGAGGAGUGAGGGUGUGUGACCUGACAGAACAUGAGAGGAGUGAGGGUGUGUGACCUGGAACAAAACAUGAGGAGUGAGGGGUGUGUGCCCUACAGAACUUUAGAGGAUUGGGGUUUGUGCCCUUUACAAAACAAUUUAGGGAUUGGGGGGGUGUGACCUGACAGGACUAAAGGGAGUGGGGUGGGGUGACCUGACAGAACAGAGGGGAUGGGGGGGUGUGUAAACCGACAAACCCUGAGGGGAGGGGAAGGGGUUGACCUGCCCAAACAUGAGAGGAUUGAGGGUUUGUACCUGACAAAACAGGGAGAGGAGUGGGGGGUUUUGUAAACCUUUACAAAACCCCUAAGGGGAGUGAGGGGGGUUGUGACCUGCCCGAACAUAAAAGGGAAAGUGAGGGGGGUAUGACCUGACAAACUGAGAGGAGUGAUUUUUGGUGCCCUUUAAAAACCCAUGAGGGAGGGGGGGGUUUUGGGGUGCCUGCCAAAACCCUUAGAGGAUUGAGGGGGGGUUGACCACAGAACUAGAGGAGUGAGGGUGUUGAUUCAGUAUUUUGCCCCAGGGGUCUGUCUACUAGUUUAACCUUUUUAACCCAGUUAGGGGGAACAACACCUUAUAAGGGGGGAUGGUUUACUUAUUAUGGUCAUGUGAUUUCCUAAUAUGGGCAUUAUUGGGUUUAGUAGGAAGAAGUCUGCCAGUCUAUUGGUUCUCUUUGAUCAAGAGGAAUUACACUCAAAUAGACAGAUAGACAGCACACAGGAUAAUGCCAGUAAUCUCCUCGGUGGUGUGUGUGAGAGAGAGAGGAAGAGAGAGAGAAGGAGAAGAGAGGAGAGAGAGAAGGAGAAGAGAGAAGAGAGAAAGAGAGGAGAGAGAGAGAGUAGAGAGACAGAGAAACAGAGAGAUGACAGAGAGAUACAGAGAGAUGUUCCUGACCUGUGACCACAUGACCUAACCAGGGGGAAAACUCUGAAAACGUCUUUGUAAUCCUUGAUUUGAUUACCUCCAUUCCUUGCCUCCCUCUCAAAGCUCAUUGGAGGAAAGGAUCCAAUCAAGGUCCUUCCCCUUCGAGCCCCUCCUCCAGUGAGCUUUGAGAGGGAGGUGAGGACUGAUGAAGGAAAGGGUUUAACGGCUAGCUAAAGCUACGUUUUCAGACAGAGCCAAGGAGUUUGGCUUUGCCCAAGGAAAAACACCCUAUUCCAUUUAUAGUGCACUACUUUAGACCAGAGCCCAUUUAUAGUGCACUACUUUAGACCAGAGCCCCUUUAUAGUGCACUACUUUAGACCAGAGCCCCUUUAUAGUACACUACUUUAGACCAGAGCCCCUUUAUAGUGCACUACUUUAGACCAGAGCCCCUUUAUAGUGCACUACUUUAGACCAGAGCCCCUUUAUAGUGCACUACUUUAGACCAGAGCCCCUUUAUAGUGCACUACUUUAGACCAGAGCCCAUUUAUAGUGCACUACUUUAGACCAGAGCCCCUUUAUAGUGCACUACUUUUGUCAACACUAUGUAGGGAAUAGGGUGCCACAGAGACUAGUCCAAUACUUUUUUGACAUGUGAAC